GGAUAAAAAAAUCAGUGGACAUGGAGGGCUCACUGUAUAAAUGAUUACCCUCCUAAACAUACAACUGAAAAUAACACUAGCUUAUUCAAGGUGAAUAAUUGCAGCUCCUCUCUAGCUCCAUCUCUCCUUCUGAACUCAACCAGUAAGUAAAGCGCCCUUUUAAGGGUUUCCCCAUCCACUGGACCAAAUCCAUACCCAAAGGGGCUUAGCAUACACAACCCAAGAGCUUUCUCAAAUUGGAAUUUGGCCCCUGCAUUGAAUACCAUUUUCUCUACCUCUGCUGUAAUUUCUAAAACAUCUCUGACCCGCAUCUCAAACGCAGUGUCCUCAAGAACUCAUUAAAGGUACCAUAGGAGCCAUGGGAGCAUCAGUCUCCUGACUCCAAAGGCCUUAAGGUCACUAUAAGUAUAUAAUGACUUGGAGGCACACAACAACAACAAAACAACAACAACACUGAAACAACCCUUGAUCCACCUAGCUCAGCAUUGUUGGCACUGACUGCAAGCAGCUGCUAACUACUGUUCCUGGCAGUACUCUUUCCCAGCUCCAUUUGGCAGCGUUAGGGUCUGUACAGUUUGGUAGUGUCAGAGAGCUAAUCUAUGACAAAGGCAGUUUGCACUCUGCCAUCAUGAUCUAUUGCUAGAGAUAAGCUCUCUAAACUGAAACAUGAUCCAGUCCGAUUAUAUAAAUCUGGGUGGAGGAGCUGGGGACUUUGGUUGGCACAGAUCUUUGCUAGCUAGUUAGAGACAGGCAAGCAGGAGCGAUGGCAAUGUUGAAAGCACGCAGUGUCUUGGUGACUGGAUCCAAUCGGGGCAUUGGUUUGGAAUUGGUCAGGCAGCUGCUUGAGAAGAACAACCGUCCAGAUAAGAUUUUUGCCACCUGCCGGGACCCAGAAGGACCAGGUGCCCAGAACUUGAGGGAUUUGGUUGCGAAACACCAAGAAGUGGAGAUCCUCCAGUUGGACACUUCUGAUCCAUCCAGUAUCAAGAAUGCUGCUGCCAGAGUCAGUGAACGGCUGAAAGGAACUGGACUGAACCUGUUGGUAAACAAUGCUGCCAUUGUAAACCUAGGCACUCUAGAAUCAGAGACACCAGAAGGCAUGGCUGAGGUGUACAAAACCAAUGUGAUUGGGCCUUUCGUGACAAGCCAGGCAUUUCUGCCCUUGCUGAAGAAGGCAGCUCAGGAUAACCCUCAGAAAGGGAUGAGCUGCAGCAAAGCUGCCAUUGUCAACAUCUCCAGUGAAGGUGGCUCCAUCACCAAUGUCUUAGUGUGGCAUCUUGGACAGGUUCUAGCUUACCGUUGCAGCAAGGCUGCUCUGAACAUGCUCACAAAGUGCCAGUCGAUGGGAUAUGCAGCAGAUGAGAUCCUGUGCGUUGCUGUGCAUCCGGGAUGGGUGCAGACUGACAUGGGAAAUUCAGCAUCAAGCCAGGCUCCGCUGCCAGUGGAUGUGAGUGUGCGAGAGAUCCUGAAUACCCUUGGCCAUCUCUCAGAGAAAGACAAUGGCACUUUUGUGAAUUGGGAGGGAAAAGCCGUUCCUUGGUGAGACACUCAGCUUUGCUUGCUUCCACUGGAGAAGGAGCCACGUUCUCGUUGGCAGUGCAAAAGCCCAACUCUCUCAGUGUUACUUUGGUUACUUUCUCAUCAAUAAAUACAUAUUUGUUUUCUGAAGAAAA